AAAAACAAGAAAAAAAAAAAAAGAAGAAGAAAGAAAUGGCUCAAUUACCUCCAAAGGUACCAAACUGGCCUGAUUUUUCCCACCAAAAAAUUCCCACAUUGGAUCCAAAUCCUACAACCAACACUCACAACCACAACCACCCUUCAUGGGUGGACGAAUUCCUCGAUUUCUCGUCGGCGAAGCGGGGCUCUCACCGGCGAUCCAUCAGCGACUCCAUUGCGUUUCUUGAGGUGCCAAUGGUGGAGGAAUGCCGGAGAUCAGCGAUUCCGGCUGCCGUGUCCGGGAUGAUGAUGAACACCAGCCACCAUCACCAUGAAGAGUUCGACAAGUUUGAUGAUGACCAGCUCAUGUCAAUGUUCAAUGAUGAUCACCCUCAUAUGAAUGCAAAUGCCAAUUCUCUUCAUGACAACAAAAAUAAUAACAACAACAAUAAUAUGUCUUGCUCCAACCCUUCUUCUCCUUCGGAUCAUAACAGCAUCAAUGAUGAUAAAAUCAGCCCUUCUGAUCUUCAGCUUCAGCAGAUGAUGAUGAAGAGUGAGCCUGAAGAAGUUCAAAGCUUAUGCGGUUCAGAUUCACAGUUUCCUGCUAAUUCUAAUGACUCCCUCAUGGACAACUCUAGUGACAAAAUUGUCGAUCCAAAGAGGAUCAAAAGAAUCUUGGCCAAUAGGCAAUCGGCACAAAGGUCUCGAGUGAGGAAGCUACAAUACAUUUCAGAAUUAGAAAGAAGUGUUACCUCACUUCAGGCUGAAGUUUCUGUACUGUCACCAAGAGUAGCUUUUCUGGACCACCAACGUUUGGUUCUAAAUGUUGACAACAGCGUUCUCAAACAAAGGAUCGCAGCCCUUGCCCAAGAUAAGAUUUUUAAAGAUGCUCACCAAGAGGCCUUGAAAAGGGAAAUAGAGAGGCUGAGGCAAAUAUUCUACCAGCAAAACUUGAAGAAAGUGGAAAACGGGACACCAUCAGAUCAGCCAAAAUCACAACCACCUCCUGCCGCCAAUGAGAAAGAGCAACUGGUUAACUAAACUAGUUGGAAACAUUGCAAAUCGAACUAAUUUCUUACAUUCUUUCAGGAAGAAAAUUCACCAAAGUUGAAAAAGAGUGGUGGAUUGAAUGCACAUUCACAUGAUAUCUUCUUAUCCAUCCCCCUUCAUCUUCAUCAAUAUUAUUAGGCCCACGGAAACAUAAAUUUGUUGCAGAGGGACAAGAUAAGGCCAACUUGCAUCUCUUUCUGUUCUGCCAUGAAAAGCCCUGGAGAAAAAAAAAUUAUUCUUUUUUAUCCUGCUAUUACUUAGGGAUGGGUGUGGUUAAAUUUUUGUUAACCAAUCAUCAUUAAUUCUUUUUUUUUUUUCCUCCUCCUGAUUUUGUUGUAUUAUUCCUCUUCAACGUGAUCUGGUAAAGUGGAAAAAUUAAAAAAAUAAAAAAUAAAAAUUGUUAAUGUAUUUGUUUUGUGUUAGAAGAGAGGUAGUGGGUUUGUGUUGGGAGGUAUGAAAGCAAAGUAAGGGUUUGUCAGAUAGUUGGUUUUUUGAUGUCAGAAGUCAAGGCAUCUUUUUCUUACUGUUUUUUUUUUUAAUUUAAUUCUUGAACCAAUUGCUCCAGGGCAUUCUUUAUUUGUAAUUUCUUUUUUUUUUUCAUUUUUUAAUAAAAUGAAAAAAAAAAUGUAUAUAGCAUUUUUUAAUUGUACACUUUUGGCUGUAAACCAUUGAUUUGUUCAGUUGGAUCUUGACUCCUAUUUGUUAUCGACUAAUCUGACUUGACUAGUUGGGUAGAGUAUUUCUGGAUCCCAAUCUCAAGCCCUGAUAUUGUUGAAGACAGACAAUAUAAUUGUAAACUUGGUAAAGAACGUACUUCUUCGGCAUUUUUACGCCCCAUUUGGAGUAUAGAUUUGUGGUAUUACAUAUACUUGGCAUUAAUAACCUAACCUGGCAUGGCAAUGAUCUUAAACAGAAGAAGAAUUUUUCAUAUUCGCAAGGGGUCAUUGACACUGUUUCCAACUGUACAACCUCGAUGCAGUAACUUAUCAAUCCUUCACUUAGAAAUCACAAUCAAAAUUCAAGGGGAGAAAGAGAAUCAAAGACCCAGAACGAUGUAUAAAUGUCUGAAUUCAGGGAUACUACAUACCACGACAACUGCUUAAGCACAUUAA